AUGCACAAGCAAUCUGUAUUGGUAGAGGAUUUACGCGCCUUUGCUGACUACAUGAACACCAUCAUCAACGCCGCUAGCAGUGUGAGCAGUGGAUUUUCGGAAUGCACGAAACCAGAUCGACAGAAAGGAAAGGCGUUUGUGAAUUCGGUUCGCUCCGAGACCAACCCAGAAAGCUCUGAGAAAAACAACAACAACGAAGACAAACUGGGUGAAUCUCAAGCACCAACGUUUUCUAACGUACGGCCGUGUGCAGUAUGUCAAACCCCUGGACAUAAGCCUAAGGAAUGUCCCACCUUCAAGGCGAAGAAACUCGAUGAUCGUUGGAAGGCAGUUCAGGAAGCACAUUUAUGCAAACGGUGCUUAUAUCCGCACGGUAAAUGGCCGUGCAAGGCUCCAGUAUGCGGAACUGACGGUUGCCAAGAACAUCAUCACAGGUUCCUACAUCCGGGAAAUCCACUAGAUGGAGAAAAUUUCAGAAGGUCAGCUACAACAACAAGCAAAGGCGUAGUGACGGUUCAUCAACAUCAACAUCAGAGGAUACUGUUCCGCAUCAUUCCGGUUUCACUUCACGCUAACGGGAAAACAGUUAACACGUUCGCCUUUCUCGAUGGGGGAUCAGAUUCAACGUUGCUGGAGAAUUCUAUAGCUAAGGAGCUUGGUGUCACGGGACCGGUGUUUCCGCUGUGCAUGCAGUGGACCAACGGUGUAAAGCGUACCGAGGAAGAUUCCCGACGAGUGCAAGUGGAGAUUUCCGGAAGCAACUCUAACAAGCGCUUCUCAUUGACUGGGGUACACACAGUAUCCAGCUUGGACUUACCUCAUCAAACCGUUGACUUCAAUGAACUGCAGGCCAAAUUUCCUCAUUUGAAAGAGCUUCCUGUUACAAGUUACGAUGAUGCUGUACCAGGGUUACUGAUCGGUCUGGAUAACACCAAACUGAAGACGCCUCUCAAACUUAGGGAAGGUAAAGCGGAUGCACCGGUUGCGGCGAAGACUCGUCUAGGCUGGACGCUGUAUGGGAGAUCAGGAGAUGGGAAUGUUACUUUAUCCCACCGAGUUAUGCACGUCUGCAAUCGUCCAACGAAUGACGAGCUUCACGAGAUGGUGAAAAGCUUCUUCACCUUUGAAGGUGCAGGCGUUGGUGCAAACCAAAUUGUCGAGUCAACCAGUGAAAAACGAGCUCGUGAGUUGAUGGAAGCCACUACAGUGCGUACAAAUUCAGGAAAGUUCCAAACAGGCCUGUUGUGGAAGCAGAACAAGGUGAAAUUUCCUGACAGCAGGCCUAUGGCGGAAAGAAGGUUGCAGUGCCUGGAAAAGCGGUUAUCGAAGGAUCCAAAUCUGUACGAGAAGGUGCGGGACCAGAUGGCUGAUUACAUAGCCAAAGGCUACGCUCAUAGAGCCACAGAACAGGAGCUAAAGAAGACCGAUCCAAGCCAGGUUUGGUAUCUGCCACUGGGAGUAGUGACGAAUCCCAAAAAGCCAGAGAAGGUUCGUGUAGUGUGGGACGCCGCAGCAACGGUGAACGGUGUUUCCCUGAAUUCCGUUCUUCUUAAAGGUCCGGAUCUGCUUCAGUCGCUUCCAACCGUUUUGUGCCGAUUUCGACAAAAGGAGGUAGCCAUCAACGCUGACAUAAAGGAGAUGUUCCACCAGGUGUUCAUUAGGCCCGAAGAUCGCCAAGCACUGCGGUUUCUCUGGCGAAACCACCCCUUGGAACCGGUGCAAGUCUUCGUGAUGGAUGUGGCUAUAUUUGGCUCAACCUGUUCACCAUGUUCUGCCCAGUUCGUGAAGAAUUUAAACGCUAGUGAGCAGUCGUCGGAGUUUCCCAGGGCUGCAGCCGCAGUAGUGGAAAACCAUUAUGUCGACGACUAUUUGGAUAGCGUUGACACAAUAGAAGAAGCAGUACAACUGGCAAAGGAGGUAAAAACUGUACAUGAACGCGGAGGAUUCGAACUUCGACAUUGGCUGUCUAGUUCUGCAGAAGUACUCAAGAAGAUUGGUGAAGAACCAACCGAAUCGACGAAGAACUUUGUGGUGGGGAAAGGUAGCGGCUCAGAACGAGUUUUGGGCAUGAUCUGGUUACCCCAAGAAGACUUAUUUUCCUUUGCGAUACACUUUCGAAGCGACCUCGAGAAGUUGUUGAAUGGAAUAUCCUAUCCUACCAAAAGGGAACUUCUCAGCCUAGUCAUGAGCGUAUUCGACCCACUUGGGCUGGUGGCAAACUUCGUGAUCCACGGCAAAGUGUUGGUGCAAGAUGUGUGGAGAUCGGGUAUAGGAUGGGAUGAACAAAUUCCAGGGGAAAUCUUCCCAUUGUGGCAACGGUGGGUUCUAGCACUCCAAGAUCUGAGACAUGUGCGAAUAGAACGCUGCUAUUUCCCGGGAUAUGGUCCAAAAGCCUUCGAGACUCUGGAACUACACGUUUUUGUGGAUGCAAGUCUAUCUGCCUAUGCGGCAGCUGCCUACUUCCGGAUCGUAGAUCGUGGAACUAUCCGCUGCUGUCUGGUAGCGUCCAAAACCAAGGUUGCACCACUCAAACAACUCUCUGUACCGAGACUAGAGCUGCAAGCUGCUGUCAUCGGUGCAAGGCUGAUGAAAACCAUCAUUGCCAGUCACACCAUUCCAAUCAACAGGAAGAUAUUCUGGAGCGAUUCGAACACUGUCCUGGCUUGGCUUCGAUCUGAUCAACGGAAGUUUCAUCAAUUUGUAGCCUUCAGGGUCGGUGACAUUCUGGAAAUUACUGACGUAUCCGAAUGGAGAAAGGUGCCUACGAGGUGGAACGUGUCGGACGAAGCCACGAAGUGGGGAAACGGCCCGAAUGCUACCGUAAAUAGUAGGUGGCUCAGAGGCCCGGAAUUCCUUUACAAGGAUGAGCUAGAGUGGCCAGAACAGGAAAUGGAAUGUACAACUUCUGAGGAGAUACGGGCAGUCAACAUCCAUCGCACAGCAGUAGCAGGUGAAACAAUUGGGUUUGACCGAUUCUCGAAAUGGGAAAGAUUGCUUAGGACUGUAGGGUACGUGCGGCGAUUCCGAGACAUCUGCUUGAGGAAGAAGAACAAGCUGCCACUUCCGAAUCCUGAGAUUCUGAGCAGCGAAGAGCUCCGGGAAGCUGAACAUACGGUGCUGAGAAUGAUUCAACGUGAAGUAUUCGCUGAUGAGUAUGCUUCUUUGGAAUCCAACAAUAAAGUCCCACUAAUCCAAUGUAAGGCAGUGGCGAAGAGUAGCAGGAUCUACAAGUUGUGUCCAUUCAUCGGAGCUGAUGGCGUAAUCCGAAAGGAUGGGAGGAUCGGUGCUGCUUCCUGGCUGGCCUUUGAAGCAAAGUAUCCUGCGAUUUUACCCAAAACCCAUUACGUGACGGCAUUGAUCAUCGACAGCUUUCAUCGAAAAUUCGGGCAUGCAAAUAAAGAGACGAUCGUAAACGAGAUCAGGCAACAGUUCCAUGUGUCCGAGCUCAGAGCUGCGGUAGGAAAGGUGGUAAAGGAGUGUUGCAGGUGCAAAAUGCGCAAGACGAUUCCACAGCCUCCCCGUAUGAGCCAACUUCCGGAAGCGCGUCUAACUCCAUACGUCAGGCCGUUCACCUUUACUGGUUUGGACUAUUUUGGACCAAUUACUGUCAGAUUUGGGCGUGGUACCGUGAAACGCUGGGUGGCAUUAUUCACCUGCCUCACAACGCGGGCAGUUCAUUUGGAGGUUGCGUUCACUUUGUCUACGGAAUCAUGCAAGUUAGCCGUGCGAAGAUUCAUCGCUCGGCGUGGUGCACCUCUGGAGAUCUAUUCGGAUCAGGGAACAAAUUUCCUAGGAGCUCGGAAGGAACUGCAACAAGAAAUCAAGAAAGUUAAUCAUGAACUGGCCUCAACGUUCACGAAUGCAGCAACGCAGUGGAAGCUGAAUCCUCCGUAUGCUCCGCAUAUGGGCGGCAUCUGGGAAAGAUUGGUGCGUUCCGUGAAGGCUGGUCUGGCCGCCAUGGAGAUGCCAAGGAAUCCGGACGAAGAAACCUUCAUCACGGCGUUGGCGGAAGCAGAGUCGAUGGUGAACACUCGUCCUCUUACCUACCUUCCGCUGGAUUCGAAGGAAAGUGAAGCACUUACCCCGAACCACUUCUUACUUCUAAGCUCCAACGGAGUAUGUCAACCAACCGUCGCUCCGUUGGAUAUUACAUCGGCUAUACGUUCUAAUUGGAACCACGUUCAAGUCAUGCUUGACCGCUUUUGGAAUCGGUGGAUAAAAGAAUAUAUUCCAGUCAUCUCACGACAGUCGAAGUGGUUCCAGGAAGUGAAACCGAUCCAAGUCGGAGACUUGGUCGUAGUCGUGAACGAGGCAAGGAGGAAUAGCUGGGAGCGAGGAGUCGUUGAGAAGGUGUAUCCGGGGAAGGAUGGACGCAUACGAAGCGCAAAUGUGAGGACUGCGACGGGUAUACUUCAGCGGCCGUUGACCAAGCUGGCGGUACUGGACGUGCUUGAGCAAGUUGAUAUGGCUGAAGGAACUUCAAGCAAUACGGGGUGGAGUGUGUGCGCAACGGUACCAGACCCCCCGUAA